UGCACAUUUGCUACGCUGAGCCAUGUUCUCUAUGAUGGCGAGGUUCAGGCGAGUGAUGACACAGCACUGAAGACAAGAAUCGGCACACAGAGACACACAGUUCGACAAACAGACUCCAACUGUGUCUCGACCACGAACGACGCUACGUCGGCGCCAAGGAACCAGAGUUCAGGGGCGCUGGACACGCUAGAGUCGGCCACUUGCGACGUUAAACACAUACGGACACAAUCACGGCAAUCAGCCGGUAUCCAUCAUUCGGGAACUCUCGAAGUUGGCAAUACCAUCUACAAACAUCCGACAGCUCACUGCUGCCCCCAUCUCUAUCUGGGUCAAUCGUACACCAUGGCCCCCGGCCGAACAAGGGCUGGGGUCAGACGAGGGCGCGAAUCCAAGAUGCAAAACUCACAUUUUCCCGUCUGCCCUCCCGCCGCCACGUUUCCCAAUUCCAUGAUUUGGGCACCCGGUUGCAGCCAGACACGCACGACACGCCAGGCUUGCCAGUCCCAGGCGCAGAAGAACCAGGUGCCAGGACUCCAGAAGCAGGGCCCGGUUGGCGUGGUCAACCUUGAACCCAUGGCUGUGAUCCAACCCGUCCCAUGGUGUCCAUCCAGGAUCGGAGCCUGUUCCACUCGCUUGGAUGGCGUGGGGCCCCAUUAUGACGUCUGCCUCAUCGUCAUACCCGCUUCUGGCAGGGAUAGCAUCUUUGGAACCAGACGCCCUGAUGCAUCAUUGGGGGGUAAAUAUGGAUUCGGCCAUUUUGCCUGA